UCGUACACUGCACCGAGAGUAUACCCCACACGCGAUACCUCCUCAAUUUAAGUUCAGUCACUAGUCAGUCGCACGCCGACCUUUCCGGUACACAAUCUCCACUCCCGCGCGCGCCAAAAUACCAUUUCCAAAAGCUCGGAGGGCUCGUAAAAGUACCCGUAAAAGGCUCUCGUUGUCAGCGACAAAGAUUGGAUCGAAGGCGUUGGUUUUGUCGUUUCCUUUUUGGCUGUUUGUUCAAUUUUUGAGAUAGAAAGAUAAUAAAAAAAACGAAAUUAUUAUCGCUACGUAUCAGCGAUUGUAUGAGACUGCAAUUUUAUUGAUUUUUUUUUGGAUAAAGAAAGUAAAGAUAUAGACUUGUUUUUUUCUAUGAAAUUUCUCUCAUGUAUGUAUAUCGAAAUGUUGGAAGGACUUGUGUAAAUGAAAUUAGAAAUAAAAAGCAAAUAAAAAAAUUAAAUACGUUGUAUUAUAUGGUGUGAAAAUUGACCGAGGUUUAAAAAAAUUGACGCAAAAGAAAAAUUAUUGUCAAUGGAAAGUCCAAAACCACUUUACCGCAAUUUGUCGGAAAAGAACAGUUGAUUAAAAAAAAAAAAUAAGUUUUAGCCACUGUUCACAUUUUUUGGGCAAAAUAAAUAAAUAAAAUAACGAUUUAUUAAAUCGUGAUGUUUUUAAUUGGAUCGUAGAUGUGAGUGGCCAGCAAGUGAAUUCAAAGUACAACAACUAUAACUGGCAAUUUGAACGAUAAAUUUUGUUGUAUAGAGUUUGAAAAAAAAAGAUUUUAGACAAAUAUUUUCGAGAAGUGAUCAAAGCCGUCUUUGAAAUAUUAUUAGAAGUCGUAGUAACUCCACUGGUUUGAAUCAUGAUCGUUAAGGACAACACGUGGAGGCAAAGGAGGCUGGCCGUACCAAAAAGAACCAGCGAGUUAAUCGCCUUGAUCGCACUGUCGAGUACAUUGUUCCUGUUUUUACACACCAGGGAUCUUCAUUCUCGUUUGCACGAGAUGGAGGUUCGUCUGCAGCCUGGAGAAGACGAGGGAUUGUCGGCCAAUCAGUUGUCUUCCGAAGGAGUGCAAACUUCGAUGAGAUCGGAGUCUGCCGGAUCGAGCGGCGUCGUUCACUACUACUCGACGAUCAAUCAGAGAUUAACGGAAUCGUACGACGACCUGCGGCAGAUUUUGGACAUCGACGCCUUGAAUAACACUCGGAGGGCUCGCAAGCAAGUGAUAUUUUUCAAUCGUGUCCCCAAAGUCGGCUCUCAAACGUUCAUGGAACUUUUGAGAAGACUCUCCCUGUCGAACGGAUUUUCUUUCAACAGGGACAGGGUGCAGAGAGUCGAAACCAUCCGUUUAGCUCCGAUUGAACAGCUCCAACUCGCCUCCAUGGUCUCCGGUUACUCCGAACCUUCGGUGUACAUCAAACACGUGUGCUUCACAAAUUUCACGGAGUUCAAUUUGCCGGAACCGAUUUACGUGAACCUUGUUCGAGAUCCUGUGGAGCGUGUAAUAUCCUGGUACUACUACGUGAGGGCUCCUUGGUACUACGUUGAACGCAAACAGAUAUUCCCGGAUCUUCCCCUGCCCGAUCCAAAUUGGUUGAAAAAAGACUUCGAAUCAUGCGUACUCAGGGGUGACAGGGAGUGUCGAUAUCUGGAAGGUGAAACGCACGAGGGAAUCGGUGAUCACAGAAGACAGACGUUGUUCUUUUGCGGACACAGCGAAAAGUGCACGCCCUUCAACACCGCAGGAGCUUUGGAACGUGCCAAACUUGCCGUAGAAAAGCACUACGCUGUUGUUGGAGUUUUGGAAGACAUAAACAGCACACUGACAGUCCUAGAAAAUUACAUUCCGAAAUUUUUCAGAGGAGCAACUGACGUUUACUGGGACGAAGUAAAUUCCUUCACGAAAAUCAACCGCAACUUCUUCAAGCCUCCCGUCAGCGAAGAGAUAAAGGAUUUAGUGCGAAAAAAUUUUACCAGAGAAAUAGAAUUUUAUCAAUUUUGUCGUCAACGACUCCACAGGCAGCUGAGAGCUCUCAGGCUCACCAAUCUUCCUCUUCAAGAAGAAAACAAUGUUUGAUGAAUUUAGCGAUCUAUGAAGAGGAUGAUCGAUGAAAGAUCGUUGGAAUUUAUUAUCAUGAUACAUGCAUUCAUCCCUUGCAGGAUUGAUCUUUGUAGAUAUUAUCGUUAUUAGUAUUAUUGAUGUUGACUAUUUGAAAUGCGUUGAACAAUCGUUAGAAGAAAGAACAAAUUGUUAAUCACGAAUUGCGAUUAGUUGGAAACUUGUAGAAAUUUAGCUUUUCAUCUUUUGAAUAAUUGAAAUAUGAGAGGUGAGGAGGUUGUGUUUUAUUCGCGGUGUGAAAAAAAAAAGUCCGCAAAAUCAAACGUCAUGAUGACUCUUAUAAAUUAUGUAUAUUGCGACGAAAGAACCAUUAUUAAAACCCCUGUUUUAGAUUAGAUUACGAAAGCACGAAAAAAUCGAAGAAUUGUCAUAGUGAUAAUGAAGCAAAAUAAAAUAAACUGUGGACUUCUGUAAAUAGUUAUAUGUAUUUGUUACGUGUAUUUGUUCGUGACGUAGUUUUAGAGAGAUUUUCCAAAAAUAAUGUUCCGCAGACGACGAGUGGGCGAUACGAGUAUAUAUACUUAAAAAUAUGAGUAGAAAAGUAAAUACAAUAUGUAUUAGAUGUGUACUAGGUUUAGUUUUAGAAAAUUAUUGUUAGCAUCUGUUUUCGCCGUUGGAGUAUGCAAAAAAAAAAGAAAAAAUUUAGUCAAUAACUUGCGCGUGAGUCGAAAAAUUCUUCAUCGCUUCCGGAAUCACGGUUAAGAAUUUCGUAACUCGAUGAUCAUUAAAGUUUGCAAAUCAAAUGGUCGAAUGAUCUUUUCUUAUGAGCAGUAUCAUGACACAUGAAUAUAAGUAUUUUUAGUUGAAUAAUUAAUUUUGGUAUAUUAUUAUACCUCGUAUUGUACAUAAUUAUCAUUUAGAUCGCAAUUAAAAAACGAUGUUAUUUAAAUCACAUAAUCGUACAAUUGACUCUAUGAAUUGUGAAAUGGUAUCUGAUUUUUUUUUUUUUUCUGUCCUACAAAUCGAAGUUGUUAUUUGAAGAAUUUGUUAUUUAUUUUAUUUUUUUAUCGUCUAUUUCAUUUUGAAAUGAUUUUAUUUCACCGUUAUCUUGUAUGCAUAGGUAUAAGGUUAUAUCAAACACGUUUAUGAUUUAUAGUCCUAGGAAUUUAUGAUCACUAUGUACAGAAUUUAGAAUAAUCAAUCUUUGUGUAAUUAAGAGUUAAAUUUAUGAAUUUAGCAACUAUAUCGUUUGGGUUUGACUUAGUGGGAUAGUUAUUUGCAUAAGUUAUAAAUUAAGCUUAGAUAUACCCACGUGAGAAAGUAAUAGCAGAUUUUAUUUCGUACGGCACAUGCAAUCAAUAAUUAUUGAUAUUAUAUAAGACUCGAGGUUAAUUAUUUAACAAUUACGAAAAAGUGAUCAAGAUGAUAUAGCUCGUAUCUCAUCGAAAAAUCAAUCAAUCAUUGUAAUAAUAGAUAAGUUAAUUAUGCCUUAAUGAGUGAAAUAAAAGUUGAAAAGUAUAGUUAUUGCAUAAAUAA